UGGGGCGGGGGCGGCCCCGGUGGGGACCGGGGCUGCUCCGGGGGGUCCCGGUGCCCCCCGCUCUCCUCAUGCAGGGCAUGGGGAGCCUCCGGCUGGGCAGCCGCGCCGUCAUGUACACGGCGGAGACCCUGCCCAAGGGCAAGAACCGCGUCAUGGGGACCAUCCAGAUUAUGACGGGAUUCCUGCACAUCGGCUUCGGGAUCGUCCUGACCACGCUCACCAAUGUCUACACUUCUGUCUUCGUCAUCGGAGAGAUCCCUUUCCUGGGCGGUGUGUCGUUCAUCAUCUCCGGGUGCCUCUCCAUCGGCGCCGAGAAGAGCCCCACGGAAUGCGCGGUGAAGGGCAGCCAGACCAUGAACGUCAUCAGUGCCAUCUUCGCCCUCCUGGGAAUCGUGGCCUUCAUCGUGGACCUCAACCUCAACGGGCUCUACCGCUCCAGCUUCAACUACUACAGCUAUCUCGUCCUGCUCGCAGGGAAUGGGAUUUCCAUCGUGCUGCUCAUCUUCACCAUCCUGGAAUUCUGCAUCGCCGUGGCCACCGCCAACUUCUGGUGCCGGGCCACCCGCCUCAGCUCCAACGAGGCCAUGCUGAUCGUCCCCAGUGCCACCCGUGUGGAUCUGGCCGUGCCACCGGCGGAGCUGCCUCAGCCUCCCAGCUACAGCGAGCUGGCUGCUCCUGAAGUCUGACACUUGGAGGAUGUUGGAAUGGGAUCCUGCCUCCAUCGCUCCUAAAUCCCAGGGCUACAGCAUCCUUCUCCCACCGUGCUGCUGGCUGGGAAGUGCUGGUCCCCCCCCAAAAAGCCAGGGACACCCCCAAAUUCCCUGCCCCUCUGCCCCUGGGCCUGGCCUGAGGGGCUCCACUUGCUGGCUGCUGUGAGAAGGGGCUUCUCCAAGGGGGGAAUCUUGGGCAAUUCCUGCCUGUAAAUCCCUGGUGGGAUGCUGAGGUUCACUCGUGUUGGGGUUCAGGAAUUCCUGGUGGUCUGGAGUGACCCCGAUGUGUGCCGGGAGCCGGGCGGGUCACCGGAGCAUUACCUCGGCUCGUCCCCUGUUGGCUUCAUCUUCUCUUGGGAAUAAAUGCUCUCUUCG